AUGUUCCUCAUGACUGUACCAAGCCUGCUUGGCUUAGCCGGGACCCACGGCCCCGCAGAACCAGCGUCAUCAAGCCCCGAGGGAGCCCUGGGGCCACCUGCCCUACGUGCCCAUGUGGAGCUGGGUACCAUGUCCACGUCUUUGUGGGAUCCUGGAGUAACCAGAGGGUACACCGGGUUGGUCUUCGGUCUGCCAGCGGCUGUGGACGCCGUCCAGAGAUGCCUCGGCACAGGCAUCUCCACCCUGCAAGAGAUCGUCACCUCGAGCAAGAAGGGGAUCUUUGCAAUCUUCGUGAUGAUCAUAGGUGCUCUCGUUGGUUCCUGCUGCGGGAUCCUGCAGCUCAUGUGGAUGCAGGGGGCAGAGGAUGUGGCACAGGUGCCGCUGGGGCAGGCAUCAGCCAACCUGUGGUCCCUACGGGAACAAUCCCCAGCAAUGGAACUCCUGAGGAAGGAGAUCAGGCGCCUGGCUGCAGAGAUCGAUGCUAGCAAGGAGGAAGUUCGGCUAAUGAGAGAGGCAAUGUCUGCAAGCAUGCAGAUGUCUGACUGGGCUCUGAAAGAGGCAGGGGCUGCCAUGGACCUGCAGAGAUCGUCCAGCAGCUCUGCAGGACUCUGCAGGGUGUUUUGGUUCCUGUGUGCUCCAGCCCCCCAGGACACCUUUGUGCAGCCGGAUGCUUUGCCGGGAUACUGCUGGCCUUUCCAAGGGUCUUGGAGCGAGGUGCUGAUCCGGUUGCCCACACAAAUAACACCAAUAGCCAUAACCAUACAGCACACCGCAAAGAUGGCCUCUGCGCUGGUGACUGUCAGCAGUGCCCCCCGAGAUUUCACUGUCUCUGGACUGGAUGAGGAAGGCGAGCAAGAAACUCUGCUGGGGACAUUCACCUACACUUUGCAGAAAGGGCCAAAUCAGACCUUCCCUCUGCAGAAUGGGAUUCCCAGAGGCUUUCGGUUUCUGAAACUUGGCAUACGGAGCAACUGGGGAAAACCAGGAUACACCUGCAUUUAUCGAGUGCAAGUGCAUGGGAAGAUCGUGGGAAGGAAGGCCGUCGGCCAGACACCUGUGUAGACCUUCUUCCCUCAAUAAAAAUUAAAGCAGAAAACUGAGAAACAGAGCAGAGGGAUGCGGCCGUUAGUCUGGUGCAGAGCAAUGUCGUUUCAGAGGCCCCCUCAAAGGUGCCAACUUCUGCCUUUCGCAGGCCGAGUCCUUCCUCAGGCUUUCCGCUUUCUCUCCACCAAGGAGAUGUUUCCUAACCGAGCAAAAGGAGACGACGCUCCCGUAGCCUUUCCUUGCCUAAGGUCCUUGAUGAAAUCCUUUGGCACGAGGGCCGUCCCUGCGUCUCACCCCAGGCAGGAGUCGUCGGAGCCUGGCAGCGUUGGGGGUCAGGAUCCCCAGAGCUCAUGAGCUCCCCCCCCAUUCCCUUCAGGGGACACCGUGCAUCUGGGGACUGGGUCUAGUGGGGGCCCACAUGGGGUGCAGCCAUGGCUGGGACCCUUGAGGGGUCUGAAGCUCCAGCACAAGGGCUCCUGCCGCAGUAUCACAGCCCCUGCAGUUAUUGCUCCAGUCCCAGGACAGGUCGCGUCUAGUGUCUGGCCAUACUGUCCACGGGCAUCUGUCACAAACCCAAACCAACCUCUUGAUUCGGGGAAUUUCUCCGCAUCUAAUGGACUUGCCUGUGAGCAACCUAUGAACUCCUGCUUCUCAUAUAGGAAGAAAAGAAACACUAACACAUCUCUCCGGCGAGACAGCCCUGAUCUCUUGGCACACCUCUCCCCACAGCCUGCUCCACGCCACCCAUUUUCUUCCCCUCUCUCCUCCCGCCCUGCUUCCUGUGGCCAGCAGGUGGAGGGAGGUCAUCCUCCCCCGCUACUCUGCCCUGGUGAGGCCGCACCUGGAGUACUGUGUCCAGUUCUGGGCUCCCCGGUUCAAGAGGGACAGGGAACUGCUGGAGAGGGUGCAGCAAAGGGCUACCAGGAGGAUUAGGGGACUGGAGCACCUCUCUUAUGAGGAAAGGCUGAGGGAUUUGGGUCUCUUCAGUCUGCAAAAAAGACGGCUGAGCAGGGACCUUAUCAACACUUCUAAAUACUUCAAGGGUGGGUGUCAGGAGGAUGGGGCCAGGCUCUUUUCAGUGGUGCCCAGCGGCAGGACAAGAGGUCACGGGCACAAACUUGACCAUAGGAAGUUCCACCGAAACGUGAGGAGGAACUUCUUUACCCCGAGGGUGCCAAAGCACAGGAACAGGCUGCCCAGGGAGGCGGUGGAGUCUCCAUCUCUGGAGACAUUCAAAACUCACCUGGACACGAUCCUGGGCAACCUGCUCUAAGACGACCCUGCUCUGGCAGGCGGGUGGGACCUGAUGAUCUCCAGAGGUCCCUUCCAACCCUAUGAUUCUAUGAUUGUAUGAUUGUAUGAUUCCUCUGGCUCGGCCCUUGGAAACUGCUCCGACUGGAACCCGCAAGUUCCUGCUGCUCUCCAGCACAAGCCGUUUGUGGGCCCCUGCUGCAACCACGGUGCAGGGUUCUGAGCCGCCUCUGGCAGAGCCACGCGA